GAAGGCGGGUUGUCGCUCCCGCUACACGCAGAAGUUCUAGGUGCCCGGGUCCCCAGGAAAGUCCACCGUCAUGUCGUCUGGGGACGCAAGGUCUGGUAGACAGGACGGCAACCCGCGCGCGGCCGCCGCGCUCUGUAGCCUGUACCACGAGGCGGGCCAGCAGCUGCGGCGCUUACAGGAUCAGCUGGCCGCGCGCGACGCCCUUAUCGCGAGCCUCCGCACCCGCCUAGCGGCUCUGGAAGGGGACACGGCGCCAUCGCUCGUGGACGCGCUUCUGGAUCAGGUGGAGCGCUUCCGUGAGCAGCUGAGGCGGCAGGAGGAAGGAGCCACCGAGACCCAACUGCGCCAGGAAGUUGAGAGACUUACUGAGCGGCUAGAAGAAAAAGAGAGAGAGAUGCAGCAGCUGAUGAGCCAGCCUCAGCAUGAGCGAGAGAAGGAAGUCGUCUUGCUUCGGAAAAGUGUGGCAGAGAAGGAACAAGCCAGAGCUGCCAGCGACAUUCUGUGCCGCUCCUUGGCUGAUGAGACCCACCAACUACGCAGGACAUUGGCUGCCACUGCCCACAUGUGCCAGCAUCUGGCCAAAUGUCUGGAUGAACGACAGCAUGCGCAGGGAGACACUGGGGAGGAAAGCCCUGAUGAGCUAGGGCAUACAAGCAGGAAUGCUUCUGGCAAGAGUGUUAUUGAGAAGUUACAGGAAGAGAAUCGACUAUUAAAACAGAAGGUGACUCAUGUAGAAGACCUCAAUGCCAAGUGGCAGCGUUACGAUGCCAGUAGGGACGAAUAUGUGAAGGGGUUACAUGCUCAGCUAAAGAGGCAGCAGGUCCCUCAUGAGCCUGAGCUGAUGAAGAAGGAGAUUUCCAGGCUUAACAGACAGUUGGAGGAGAAAAUAAACGACUGUGCAGAAGCCAAACAGGAGCUGGCAGCUGUGAAGAUGGCCCGGGCCACUGCGCUGGAGCGAGUGCAGAUGCUAGAGCAGCAGAUUCUUGCUUACAAGGAUGACUUCAAAUCAGAAAGAGCAGAUCGGGAACGAGCUCAUAGUAGGAUUCAAGAACUGGAAGAAAAGGUCAUGUCUUUGAUGUCCCAAGCAUCCCAGAGACAGGACUCCCGGGAGCCAGGACCCUGUCGGAUUCAUACGGGGAACAAAACUGCCAAGUACUUAGAGAUGGAUGCACUGGAGCAUGUGGCACCUGGUGGCUGGAGGCCUGGGCCUGGGUCCCCACAGGUGGAACUUCCUGCAGAGGGUGGGCAUAUCUGCAUAGCCCAUAGGGGUCAGGGUGACCUUCAGUGCCCUCACUGCCUGUGGUGCUUCAGUGAUGAGCAAGGUGAGGCAUUCCUCAGGCACCUGUCUGAGUGCUGCCAAUGAGCCCGAGCCACCAUGCCCAUUGUGGCCCCAACCAGCAUAGCUGCUCUGAGGGAUUGGGUAGGUGUCCUCACACUCCGUCUUCAUCUCAGUAGGUUGCAUUCUAAUAGGAUCUAGGGUCCACCGAUGGGCAGGGGUACUGAUAAGUCAUUGUUUUGUUUUGUUUGGCCAUGGAUCAGACUGGGUCAGAGGGAACUAUUGGUAGAGCAGAAGGAAGAGAUGGGAGCAGGGGCAUCAAGUGGGCAUCAGUCUUGUCUCUCACAUGGAGUUUGGACCCCAGCUGUCAAUCCAAAGUUGCAAACCAUCUGGCGUGGGAGUCUCCAGAGGCCUGCUUGCACCUAGAGUUGUGCUGCUUGCUGGAAGGAGGUGGUGCUGUGGGAGCAGGUGUCCUUGCCAUCCUGUUGUACAGUGAGGUGUCUCACUCUCAGACUGAUCUGUGCUGCACCAGUUGCCAAUACACUAGCGCCUUUCCGGACACAGCAGGGUCAGAGAUACACCCAGUACCAUCACCUUGCAAUAACACUUGUAU